AUGGCGCUCAGAUUCAUUCGCCAGCUCUACUCGCUGGAUACCCUCGACACACGCUUCGUUGUACCGGCCACCGCACCCCCGAAAGAGGCGCUCGAAGAGGCCAAACUCGAUCCCGCUGGACCAGUGCCAGUCCGAGAUGGACGAAAUGGAGACAAGGGUCUAGAGAAUAAAAGCCAUGCGCCACUAUGGUCGACGCCGGAGUUCUACUUCUACUACGUGUCCAUUGCAGCCAGCGUGUUCUUCAUGUUCAAGCUGGUACUAGAUGUGUCUCAAGAAUCUCAUCCAAACUAUCCGAAGUUUGAACAUCUUCUGUCAGAUGGCUGGAUACCUGGUCGCAAAGUAGACAAUACCGAUGCUCAAUACAGCGGUUUCCGCCAGAAUAUUCCCUACCUCUUCAUCGUUGUUCUGCUUCACCCUAUUUUGCGUAAGGCCUACGACUCGUUCUGGAGAGCGGGAACGUAUACUCAAGUUCGGUCCUCUGCCGGCAAUGGCCUUACUAUGGGCUUAACCCCUGGUGCUGCAGCGGAUGCUCGUAUGAACCAGCGCAUCUCGUUCGACCUUCUUUUUGCCGCUAUCUUUCUUGCCGCCCUGCAUGGCUUCUCUGCAUUCAAGAUUCUCGCCAUUCUCUAUGCGAAUUACUGCAUCGGCACAAAGGUUUCUCGACAAUAUGUGCCAGCUGCGACAUGGAUCUUCAACGUUGGCACUUUGUUUGCAAAUGAGUUCUCAGACGGAUACUCAUACGCCAACAUACUCGGCACUUUCCUACCGUCUACAGUAUCGGAGAAAGGCCACCCAUCGUCCAAUUUCGGCCACACUCUCGACAGCUAUGGUGGUCUGAUACCCCGAUGGGAAGUCCUCUUCAACUUCACCAUACUCCGAUUAAUAAGCUUCAAUCUUGAUUACUACUGGAGUUUGAACUCUCGUACAGGUAGUUCCAUUGAAAAGAAACAACUCGACGCUUCCAACCUCUCCGAGCGGGACCGCGUCACGAUACCUGCUAAAGCUACUGACUACACUUUCCGCAAUUACUUCGCCUAUGCCAUGUACUCACCCCUCUACCUGGCCGGGCCCAUCAUCACGUUCAACGAUUACAUCGCCCAAUGCCGUUACCGACCCCACAGCAUCACCACCAAGCGAACAACAAUGUAUCUCGUCCGCUUCAUCGUUGUCUUGUUGACCAUGGAGAUCAUGAUCCACUACAUGUACAUGGUCGCCAUCUUCCAUGAGAGACCCGACUGGUCGCAGUACACGCCAGCUCAGCUCAGCAUGCUAGGUUUCUUCAACCUGAAGCACAUCUGGCUGAAGCUGCUCAUCCCAUGGCGUUUCUUCCGUCUCUGGUCGCUUUUAGAUGGCAUCGACCCACCCGAGAACAUGGUUAGGUGUAUGUCUGACAACUACUCCGUCAUGCACUUCUGGCGCGGAUGGCAUCGUAGCUUCAACAAGUGGAGUUUGAGAUACCUUUACAUUCCGCUGGGUGGUAACAGAGGAGAUGGUCUCUGGGGCAAGGCAAGAUCGAUUGGAAACUACCUUGCCGUGUUUACUUUCAUCGCGAUUUGGCACGAUAUCCAGCUUCGGUUGCUGAUGUGGGGUUGGCUGGUUACCCUGUUUGUUCUCCCAGAGAUCAUCGCUUCGUACAUUUUCCCCGCGAGGAAGUGGAAGGGCAGCCCGGAUGCGUAUCGCUGGCUAUGCGGAGUCGGCGCCGUUUUCGAAAUUCUCAUGCUCAUGACUGCUAAUCUCGUCGGUUUCGCCUUGGGAGUCGAUGGUCUUAAGGACUUGGUCCGUGGUAUUGUAGGGACUUGGUCUGGUUGGAUGUUCCUUGCUACGGCUUGUGGCGCGCUGUUCACUGGUGUGCAGGUCAUGUUUGAAUGGAGAGAGAACGAGAAGAGGAGGGGAAUUAAGAUGAAGUGUUAG